AUGAUUCAGUUGCAAGCAUACGCGGACGAAAUCAACAUUAUCCAAGACAACAAGAGUUUGCCCAUUGACAAACAUCAGCCAGUCGACAAAUCAAGUGUACUGUAUAAACUAACACCGAUAUUGGAUGAUCAAGGAGUACUGCGAGUCGAUGGUCGCAUAGGGGCCCUUCAGGUAGCCUCGGUGGAUCAAAAGUGUCCCAUCAUACUACCAAGGCAGCAUUACAUGACAUUCUUGUUAAUAGACAGCUAUCACCGGAAGUAUUUACAUGCCAACUCUGAAACGAUAGUCAACGAAGUUCGGCAACGCUUCUACGUACCACGGCUCCGAGUAUUGGUAAAAAGCGUGGCGAACCGAUGUCAGUGGUGUAAAAUAAAGAAAGCUCGACCCUCCGUUCCUCGAAUGGCACCGUUACCUGUAGCGCGACUGUCCCCGUUCAUUCGCCCAUUUAGCUAUGUUGGCUUGGACUACUUUGGUCCGAUAAUCGUAAAAGUGGGCCGCGCCAACGCCAAAAGGUGGAUUGCACUUUUCACGUGCCUUACAGUACGUGCUGUACACGUGGAGGUGGCCUUCGACUUAUCUACAAGGAGCUGUAUAUGUUGUAUUCGACGUUUCAUUGGUAGGCGAGGUGCACCGAUCGAAAUUUACUCCGAUAAUGGGAGAAACUUCACGGGAGCGGAGCACAUCUUGAAGGAGCAAGUUAAGCGUAUUCACGAAGACACAGCAGGCAUUUUUACAAACGCUAACACGAAGUGGUUUUUCAUUCCGCCGCUCACUCCCCACAUGGGCGGUUCUUGGGAGCGCUUGGUGCGGUCCAUCAAAAUAGCAAUGAACAGUCUCCCGCAAGAGCGCAGGUUCGACGAUGAAGCCUUGUACACCGUAGCCGUAGAUGCCGAAGCUAUUGUAAACACACGACCGUUAACUUAUCUACCUCUGGAUGCGGCCGAGAAGGAAGCGCUUACGCCAAAUCAUUUCUUACUCGGUUCUUCUAGUGGCGUAAAGCAACCAGCAGUAAAAAUGAUCGAUUCAGUUAAAGCCAUUAGUGGCUCGUGGCAUAUGAUCCAGCAUACUUUGGAUCUUUUCUGGAAACGCUGGAUCAGAGAGUAUCUGCCUACUCUGACAAAACGAACCAAGUGGUUCGGAGAGACGAAAGUGGUGCAGCCCGGAGAUUUGGUUCUGAUCAUCGACGAGUCUAGGCGAAAUGGAUGGCUUAGGGGAAAAGUUUUGAUGGUGGUUCCAGGAAAAGACGGCAGAGUAAGACACGCAGUAGUUCAGACGUCUGGUGGAGUAUUCCGGCGGCCCGUAUCUAGGUUGUCAGUAUUGGAGGUAGACCAGCAAGGUAAAGCUGAGGCUGAUACCCAUCUUUACGAGGCGGGGGAUGUUACUACUGGCAACGCUUCUGUGACCCAAUGA